UGACUGUCUCCAUUGUCGGGGUUGGGGGCUAUAGGGUCCGUAUCACGUCGUAGGCGAUUUGUAUUUUUUUUUUAUCCUUUUGGUUCGUAAUUGACGACUUUGUAAUUCCUACGACGACUCUCCUAACGACCCUGCAAAGGCGGUGCAGCUGGGAUCAUGUCACGGCAGCAAGGCGGCAGGUUCGAGAGAAACUUCGUCUCCAGAGGCUCACGGGACCGCGGGGGCAACCACGUCGUCGGCAGUGGCUCGCGGUUCGCGGGCUCCGUGUCCUCCUUCGCCUCCACUCCCGCAUCGUCCUACUUCUCCGUGGGCAAUGCGGCCGGGGCUCAGCUGAUACAGAGUCUCGCCACCAACUCGCUCAACUCGCAGUCCAACGUGCAUUUCAGGCCAUCGCAGCUGCUGCCUGAUGGCAUGCAGUUUGGAAACAUUCCCUGGAACACGGACGAGCCGCCGUCGAAGCAAAUGAAAAGCAAUCCAACCUGGAUGUCAGGGCUGCUGCAGAACCAAAGUGGGUCCUCCACCCAGGACAGCUUUGUGCUUGGCCAGAGCAACAACUCCCUACUGAACCAGCCACCAGCUCAGGGUUUCCCAUCGUCCAACCAGAGCGCUCUCAACCAGCAGCUGAUCUCACUUCUCCUGCAGAAGCAGCAGCCACAGCAGCAGCCACAGCAGCAGCCACAGCAGCAGCCACAGCACAUUACAGCUGUUCCUCCCGUUCGCCUGCUGGGGCCUGGCUUGACUCUGUCCACGCAGCCGAAUCAGCAGCAGAAGGGGCUGUUGCCAUUGCCGCCGAAUUUUCUCUCAACGAGCAGCGCAUCCUCGGCCUUCAGCUCGACGCCGUUUAUGCAGCUCGCCUCGUCCUCGAGUCUCAUGCAGUUUCCCCCGCCCGUGCCUCCCGUUCCACCCACAGCGGGGCUGGCGCCAGGUCUCGGCACAAACGGGAUUGGCUCGCCUUUCCCGUCAAAUAUGUUCUCGUUGCCAUCGACGGGCCUGGCCAUGAACCAGGCUGCCCAGGCGAUGAAUCAGGUGGCCCAGCCUCUGUUGCAACAUCUUGCACAGCAGGCGCCACCUGGCCAUUUCAUGAUGGGCAUGCAACAGCAGCAGCAACAGCAGCAGCAACAACAGCAGCAGCAGCAGCUACAUCAGCAGCAGAAUGCGGCGGUGCCGAUGAUUGCCGGUGUGCCGCUAAAUGGCAUGCUCCAGAACCCUGGUACCGUGGGUCUCCAGCUGCCGCAGAUGAAAAAAGAAAUGAGGGAUGGGAAGAUGGAGUUCAGCGAUCCUGACCACCCUAAAGAAAUGCUGAAUGAAAUGAACCAGCAACGGCAUGACAGAGAGUUCACUGACGUGAAACUUAUAGUUCAGGGUGGACUGUCCGUGGAUGCUCACCGUAACGUUCUAGCCUCCUGCUCUCCUUAUUUCAAGGAACUGAUCAAAAGAACGCAGCUGGAACAGUCGGGCACAUUCGUCCCGACCAGCGGGACCGGCAUGGGCGGUGUCCCCCCCCCCUCUGGUCCAGAGUUGCGGGCCCUCGAGCUGCAUGUCGAGGGCGUGAGUGCCCAGGUGAUGGAGAUGCUGCUGGAGUUUAUUUACACGGGCCGCUGCGUGUCGGAGAGCAUCGCUCACGCCCGCCCCCUGGCAGAGGCCGCCCGCACGCUGCAGAUCGCCUCCUUCUGCCGCGUCUGCACUACUUACCUAGAGAAGCAACUGAACGUGAGCAACUGCCUGGGUGUGUACGCCAUGGCUGAAGCGCUGGGCAGCGCCGACCUGGAGAGACGGGCACGCGCCUUCGUUCUCACCAACUUCCCCGAGCUGGCGAUGCGCGAGGAGGUGCUGAGCGUGUCGUGCGCCCAGCUGGUGUCGCUGCUCUCCAACGACGACCUCAACGCCAAGACGGAGGAGCUCGUGUACGACCUGGCCAUCCGUUGGGUGCGCAAGGACAUCUGCGCCCGCUUGCAGCAUGCCGCCGAGGUGCUGUCAGUGGUGCGGCUGCCGUUCCUGCACCCGAGCUUCCUGCUGAACACGGUGGACAACGAGGACAUCGUGCGCUCCUCCGAGGCUUGCCGCGAGCUCGUGAACGAGGCUAAGCGCUACCACAUGUUGCCGGAUUCACGCCAGGACAUGCAGACGGCGCGUACACGGCCACGCGCCGCUACGGGCGUGUCGGAGGUGAUCGUGCUGGUGGGCGGGCGACGCUUUGACGGCGCCAGCCACCGCUGCCUCACGGCCGUCACCUGCUACAACCCGGCGGUUGACAAGUGGUUCCCACUCGCCAGCCUGCCCUUCUUUGAGCGCGACCACUACUGCGUCGUCAGCGCCGGCGACAAUAUCUACCUGACCGGCGGCAUCGAGAACGGCGUGACGCUGGGUGAGGUGUGGUGCUACUCGGUGAUGAGCGACAGCUGGGGCCUGGUGUCCCGCAUGGCGAUGGCCCGAGGUCGGCACAGCGGCCUGGUGUACGAUGGCAAGCUCUACUCGCUGGGCGGCGUGGGCAGCUCCAGCACGCUCACGCACUGCGAGAGGCUGGACACGGUGACGAACCAGUGGGAGGCCUUGUCACCGAUGCCCAGGGCCGUCCACUCGGCUGCGGCCGCCACCUACGGGGGGCGACUCUACAUGUUCGGCGGCAUCAACGACGCGGGCCGCUCGGCCAACGUCAUGCAGUCCUUCCUGCCGCACAUCAACUCCUGGAGCUUCAUAGAGACGCCCAUGAUUGACAACAAGUAUGCGCCGGCUGUGGUGUUCAACGGGCUGAUUUACAUCCUGGGGGGGGCGUUCUCGCGCACCACCACCAUCUACGACCCCGAGAAGGAAAACAUCAAGUCGGGUCCCACGCUCAACUACACCCGGCAGUGCUGCGGGGCGGUCGUGCGCGGAAACAGGAUCUACGCGACGGGGGGCCUCGUGAGCCCCGAGGGCCCCGCGCUGGGCAACCUGGAGGUGCUGGACCUGGAGAAGAACACCUGGACGCUGCAGUCCGGGCUGCCCUGCGCCCUCUACCGCCACGGCUGCGUCCUCAUCAAAAAGUCCUUCUCAAACAAUUGACGUGCGUCGCCAAACGCACCACGUGCGGCUUCGUAGCCCCGGCCUCCCAAGGUUCGACGUCGGCAGUGGCACGUUUGCCGCACGAGUUCGCCGCCCUGGUUAAUUGCUGUGGGUGUAUUUAACUGUCAAAAUACGCGCCGCCUGCUUUGCGUUGGACGUUAAAAUAUGCCGUCACAUUUUAAACGGUAGGCCGCGUUUGCUGAGGUCGAAGUCCAAAUUGGCCAAAUUCGAUAAAUUACUCGCAAAUUCCUUCCUUGGGAUGCCCACAAAACAACAUUGCCCCUCUAAUUGCAGACCAAUGGCCCGCUAACUAGCCGGUGCCUAUUUCAUUGCUGCAUAUCAAGAAUCAGGAAAAUAAUUUAUGCCACCAAAUUUCUAGUUCAUUCUUUGAUCUUCUUAACCAUCUGCAAUUCUCUUUUUCUUGGUAUCCCUGCCUCUGCCUCCCACUCCCCUCCAACGAAUUGAGAAUGCUUCUGCACGAGUUAUUCUCAAUCUCCUCUUUAACUCUCACACUUCGCCUCUCCUCCUCCAACUCCACUGGCUUUCCCAUUCACUACACCGCUGUCUUUUCAAAUACCCGAUGCUCGUCUUUAAAGCUCUUCUAUGGCCUUUCCCCACCUCAUCUCGCCUCUCUCAUCAUGUCCCCUCCUUCUCAUCCCCUUCAUUCACAAUCUUCUCUUGGUCUCCUCUCCCUUCUCCCCUGUGCCCCAAUCCUGUUUUUCGGUAUUUCUCCCUCCUUGAACCCCCCCACUGGAAUAAACUUCCUCGCUGCGUUAAGCAGUCCCCCCUCCUUAAGUUGGUCUGAGCAAAGACGUUAGGCAGUGUGUGUCACAAUUGUGUUGACCUGGUUGUACAAUGUAUAUUUUUGUGAUUGAAAGCGUCGUGUUCUGCUUUCACGCAUAAACCGUUGAUAUAAUGCACACUGAGGAGUGUGCAAUUUACACUUGGCCCUAUUCUCCAGAUUAUAAGACACUCCGGAAAUGAACACGUACUCCAUACUUGUGCCCAGGGGUGGUGGCACGGGGGAAGUGCGUUUUAUAAAAUGGAAAUUGUGCUUUUUGUUUUGUAGUGCCGUAUUUACCUAAACUUUCAUUUGUUUUCCAUAAUUCACUCUUAUACGGGUAUAGAUGAAUGUUCUGCAAAACUAUUAUUUAGCCCAUAGAUAUAGUGUUGCAUACAAUGUGUAUAUAUAUAUACUUCAGAAUUUUUGUAGUGUCGCAUACCAUGUAUUUGCAUUUCAAUUGGAAAUCGUAUUUCGCUUUAAUAGAUUUCAUAGGACUUUGUAUAAGGCAAAUGCUUUUAAGGUGCAGAUGCCUUUUCCACCUGGUAUAUAAGGAGUGUACGCAGUGCAACCACGUUUGUAUGUUCAACGUCUUUGGCACUAUGUAGCCACCCGCGCUAAUCGAAAGUGCGGUCGGCUGAAUGCAUUUGUCUGCGUAACUACCCGAGAUCUCGUUUGCGUGGUCCCACCCUGGAGAAGUCAAUUACACACAGUGGCACUGCUGGUCCCACCAUGGGGAAGUUGGCCCAGUGGCACUGGUAUGUACACGUACUACCCGCUUGUCAAUCCGCUGCUGGAUGAGGGCCUCCCCGCACCGUGCGGACCAUGGAAGUAAUUUGGCCAUAUUUCACCAUGCUGGCCACUGCGGGAUUGGUGAAGGCGGGGAGCAUAGAAGUACAGUACAGCAAUGGCUUUUGCUGUACUGCCCUCUGCUGCCCACAAUGUGUAACUCUGUAGCUUGUCAACCUGUGUGUGAUGGUCACUCAUCCAAGCUCUUUGUAGGGUCAACCAUGAUUGUCUUAGAUUUUACAAGGCCGGACACAUUCUUGGUGAUAAUGGCCAUACACUAUUUGGUUUUGGGCAGUUUGAUAUUUGAGCUCGUAAGUCCUCCUUUAUACCCCCCCAAUAGUCCCAUCCCCUACUGGUGCGACGAUUUAUGUUUGUUACUUUAGUAACGAAUGACUGCAUUAAUCGAUUUUGCAUCGCUUAAGGGACAUAUAUUUGCUGUACAGUUUACAUGAAUACACGCGCGUGUAGUCCAUGACACAAGCACCAACGUUCUUAAUAUUGACGGGAUCGAGGGGCAUCUGGGCCAGAUCCUUUAAUUUGAAUGCGGUCUGGUCAGUCCCCCAAACCCAGGUGCCCCUUAAUACAAAUAAAGACAUCUCCCGUUUUUAAUUCAAAGAUUUUUGUAAAUAUUGCUCGUAUUGUUUUAAUGCAUAUAUUUUGUUCCUGCCCUCAACUGUGUACAUGCAUCUCGUUAAUAAAAUGCAAUAAUUACACGUU